GAGCGCCUCUCCACCGUCAGCCAUCCCAAUCGCCGGCCCCUUCUAUUUCCGGGUGCGGCUUCUGUCAGAGCGGAGGCCUGUCUUCAAACGUGGCGUCUUGGGUCCUUAGGGCCUCGCCCGCGGUCCGCGCACAAGGACCGGCGCGGGCACUUUGCGGCCAACAACUGGAGCCAGCCCUCGCGUACCGGGUCCGCACUGGCACCUCUAACCCUUCAGAGCUGGCUGGCUUUUAAGCCCUCGCGAUUGAGAGCCCUUGAUUCGCAGCCUCCAGGACUGCAGCUCUACAAGAGAGCACCCCUUCGGCCAUACCUGUAUACCAUAGGCGUGCUUUGCCCUGUAAGGUGCAGCAUUUGACAAGUCACCCCUACCCCCACGUUACCACUUCAACAUCAAUUUCUGCCACGUCUGCCUUAAUUUCGUUCUUAACCUCCUUGAUUUGAGACCCCUCCCCCUCUCUGCCUCCAGAAGAGGUCUUCCUCCUACCCCCAGUUCUGUAAAAGAGGAGUUUUGGGUCUCCUGCAGAAAGAUUACCUUUAAGACUGAGCACCCGUUUGAUAACUAAAACAAGUUCAUGCUUGCUAAAGAGUUUGCGGGCAAGGCGAAACCCAGUGCACAUAAGAAACUAUGGCUGAGCACGGGGCUCACAUCACAACUGCUUCUGUGGUGGAUGACCAGCCAUCCAUCUUUGAGGUGGUAGCACAAGACAGUUUAAUGACAGCAGUGAGACCUGCUCUUCAGCAUGUGGUCAAGGUUCUCGCAGAAUCAAAUCCUGCCCACUAUGGCUUCUUUUGGAGGUGGUUUGAUGAAAUCUUCGCCCUGCUAGAUCUUCUGCUCCAGCAGCAUUAUCUGUCUAAAGCCAGUGCCUCAUUUUCUGAAAAUUUUUAUGGCUUAAAGCGCAUUGUAAUGGGGGACACACACAAGCCUGAGAGACUGGCCAGUGCUGGUCUCCCAAAGCGGCAGCUGUGGAAGUCAAUUAUGUUCCUGGUUCUUCUUCCCUACCUGAAAGUGAAGCUGGAGAAGCUUGUUUCUAGCCUGAGGGAAGAGGAUGAAUAUUCUAUCCAUCCCCCUUCUUCCCGCUGGAAACAGUUUUAUAGAGCCUUCCUGGCAGCCUACCCAUUUGUUAACAUGGCAUGGGAAGGCUGGUUUUUUGUACAACAACUUCGAUACAUCUUGGGAAAGUCUCAGCAUCACUCACCGUUGCUGAGGCUGGCUGGAGUUCGGCUCGGUCGACUUACAGUUCAAGAUAUACGAGCUCUGGAGCACAAAGCAGCUGAAGCCAGCCUAAUGCAGCAACCAGCCAGGAGUGUUGGUGAGAAGAUAAAGUCAGCUCUGAAGAAAGCCUUGGGAGGUGCGGCCUUAUCCCUCUCUACUGGCCUUUCUGUGGGAGUAUUCUUUCUGCAGUUCCUUGAGUGGUGGUACUCAUCUGAAAAUCAAGAAACUAUCAAAUCACUGACUGCCCUGCCUACUCCACCACCACCUGUACACCUAGACUACAAUUCUGAUUCUCCUCUGUUACCCAAAAUGAAGACUGUGUGCCCCCUGUGUCGCAAAACCCGGGUAAAUGAUACUGUUCUUGCCACCUCUGGCUAUGUGUUUUGUUAUCGCUGUGUAUUUAAUUAUGUGAGGAGUCACCAAGCUUGUCCCAUAACAGGUUAUCCAACAGAAGUACAACAUCUAAUUAAACUGUAUUCCCCUGAAAACUGAAAGGGAUUAGCAUUUUAUUUCACAACAAAAUUAUUGCACCAUAAGGCUGAGAAACUGAUUUUCAGUUUCAGUACAUAGCACUGUUUGAAUUGUAUGAAAACUGAGUUGUAUGAAAACUGAUUUUCAGUUUCAGUACACAGCAUUGUUUGAUUCUUCUCAUCCUCAAUUCAUAAUUACAUGAACUUUUCACAACUAGAGCUGACCCCUGAAUGACAUGUGUGUUAAUGGUGCCAACAUGACCCCCCCAAGUAGAAAAUUAAUGUAUAACUUUGACUCCCCCAAAAUGUAACUACUAAUAGCCUACUAUUGACCGGAAGCCUUACUGCUAAUAGAAACAAUUAACACAUUCUGUAUAUUAGAUGUAUUACAUAUUGUAUACUUGCAGUAAAGUAAGAUAAAGAAAAUACUUAAAACAUAACAGAAAUACAUUUAUACUAUAAAAAAUCCACAUAUAAGUGGACCCACACAAUUCAAAUCUGUGUUCAAAGGUCAAUUUAUGGAUUUCUUUAAAAGGAUAUAUCCAUUGAUCUAACCUUUUAACCAGCUCUCUAGACUCCCACUUAGAGUUUAGCAAGCUGGCUAGAAUAAUACAAUCAGGAUUGACAGGGGACAUGAAGGUCAGUGUAGAGGAAGUGGAUGAAAGAGGAUAGUACAGAAGCUUUUCCUUAAAGAACAAGAGGUAUAAAAUCUCAGGAGAAACCCAAGAUAGACCUCAUAAAGUGGGUAAUAGGGAAGCAGGCCUCUUCUUGAGAAACGAAAGCAUUUAUCCACCCUGAGAAAAAGAUUUUAUCAGUUUGCAAACAAUGUGAAAUGUUGACCUGCUCUUCACAGAAAUACUUGGAGACACUUGAGAAAAACAAAGCACCUUCCAUAUACUGUGACCCACUUUAAGUAGCAUAUGCUACAGUGUAAUCAAGUAAGAUUCCUUUAUGAGCCAUACAUAUCUUUUCUUGGGGAACUAGUUAAAGAAAAAUAGGGGUUGAGCAUAUACACAGAGCUGUCUAAAGAUUUCAGUGUGAUGAAAGCAAAAUGAAUAAGCAAUCAAAAGAUGACGUAACAUACUGAUUUAACUAUGAUUGUGCAAAAGAACCUUUUAAUAAGCUCUUUCUUCUUGCUGUUAAGAGUUUGCUAAACGGGCACGAGUUACUCUGGCUAUUACUAAGUUUCUAUGAAACGCUUAAGUAAAUUUUAAAAAUAAAUGUUUUUGGCAAAGAGUCGUUCCAAGUAGUCAUAAUUAUUUGGAAACUUAAAGCUCACUUGAGGUGGG